AUGUUAUCGAUGGCUAAAGACUGUGAAGUAGAAGUGUCUUCCGAAGACGAAGGCUUUAAAGGCGCAUGGUACAGAGCAAUUCUACAAGAGAACCCGACCAAAUCAGGAAGGAAAAAGCUUCAAAUCUGUUACAUGACCUUGGUGGACGAAGACGGUUCGUCUCUCCUAACCGAGCUCGUCGAACAGAGGCUGAUCCGACCCGUCCCUCCGGAGGAUCCGAAUCCGAACAACGGAGUCGAUUUCGAGGAAGGGUCCGUGGUCGACGCUGAUCUGAAAGAUGGCUGGUGGACCGGAGUGGUUGUGAAGAAAAUGGCGGAUGACGAUAAGUUUCUGGUUUACUUCGAUCAUCCACCUGACCUCAUGCAGUUCCAGAGGAAGCAGCUUAGGACUCAUCUUGACUUGAUUGGCUCCGAAUGGGUCCGACCCGAGAACAAGGAAUUGAGCAAGUCUUUGUCUAGAUCGGGGACAAUGGUGGAAGUGAGUUGUAAGAUUGAUAAGCUCGAAGAUGUUUGGGUUCCUGCAUUGAUUGUUAAGGAAGAUAAUGAUGAUGAUGAGCAGAAGAGAUUCAUUGUCAAGUGUUGCGAUGAUAAGUCUUUUACCUUCGACGGUGAUGAUGAUGCGAAACCAAACAUACUAGCCGUUGAUUUGUGCAACGUCAGGCCUAAACCGCCUCCUUGUUUCGUUGAGAAGUAUGAUUUGUUGGACCGUGUUGACGCGUUUCGUGGUGGCUUGGGAUGGCGUCAAGGUCUUGUGAGAAGGAUUCUCUCAGAGGAACGUUACAUAGUGAGCUUCGUGGCAACCAAAGAGGAGUCUGUGUUUAAACACUCUAAUCUUAGACUCUCACAGGAUUGGGAAGAUGGUGUUUGGCUUCAACAACCAAAGAGUCUGACCAAACCUGGAAACAAAACUCCUUCACAAGGCAAGAGAAAGAUGUCUAUGGAAACUACAUUGACGUGCAGACCAAAGAUGUAUUCUACUGCUGCUAAGCCGAUCACUUAUAAAAGGACUAGAAAGCGUUCCAAAACAUCCUCUGAAAAUGUGGAGACGAUAGGCAAUGAGCGUGAAAGUGUAGCUGCAAUCGAAUUAUCUUUAGCUCGGGUGUCGUUGAACCAAAAGGCUGAUGAUGCAAGGAAUGGUGAUGAUACACCAGUCAUAAUGAUACCAACUGGUAACUGA